CGCACUUUCCCGCGGCGGCCACCGGCUGCUCCUUUGUGGUGGUCGCUGUCCUUUUGUGGGAGUUCGGUCGGUCGACUCACUCGCGUAUCUGUCGGUCGGUCGGCCUAUCAAUCCGCCCCUGGGGAUUGUUUGCCAGCCGCGCUCCGCGCCCCCUGGCUCUGGGUGGCUGAGCCCCAGGCCUGCCUGGCCCUGCCCGCAGUCCCCGGGAGGAGUGUGACGGGCUGCGUGCGGUACAGUGAUGGGGUGUGAGCGCAGCCUGGGGUGCGGUGUUCCUGCUGAGUCUGCUUGGCCCGGACCUCGACGGGGCGCAGGGCCAGUGUGACCGUACAGCCGGGAGUGCGUACGCGACCCCGCUGGACUCCCCUGCAGGCCGCUGUCCCUGAACCCCAGGAGCAGGACCAGCUCCUCUGGGCCUGGCCCGGGGCCCAGGAGGCUGCAUAGCUGCCCACACCUUCGGGGGACUCUGCCAAGGGCCACCAUGGAGACUUCUGCCCCGAAACCCCAGGAGACAGCUCUGUUCUCUCAGGACCCUGCUCUUCCCCUCAAAGAGAAUCCAGAGGAUAAAUUGGGUCCGGAUCUCCUAGAAGCCAGGUCUGAGGAAUCAGUGACUUUCAAGGAUGUGGCCGUGGACUUUACCCAGGAAGAGUGGGGCCAGCUGGACUCCCCCCAGAGAGCCCUGUACCGGGACGUGAUGCUGGAGAACUAUCAGAACCUUCUCGCCCUGGCAGGGCCUCCGGUCUGCAAGCCAGACGUGAUCUCCCAUCUGGAAAGGGGCGAGGAGCCAUGGCAGGUGCCCAGAAAAGUCCCCGGAGGGACUCAUCCAGAACGGGAGCCCAGGCCUGAGAUGAAGGAGGAGUUGUGUCAACAGCAGGGCAUCUACAAAGAGGAGCCGUCGCAGGAGUCAGUGACAGAGUGGCCGGCAAGGUCCAGUCCCCACAGCCCUGGGCCAGGCGACAGGUGGACCUGGAAGGGCCCGGCAGCUGCUCUGUCGAGAGGCGAGGCUGUGUUCUGGAGGUACACGCCCACUGGCUAUGGGGACAUUGCCACAGAGGAGCACUGGCAGGGACACGAGGUGUCUGAGGAGGCUUUUCCCCUCCGGUGCACCCUCUUCACCCAACAGGGUGAAGGAACUCUCAUUCCUACAGAGGAAAAGUCUCCUGACAGACACAUCGAGAAUUUCCACUCCAGUGAGGCUGUAACCCAGCAGCAGAGAAUGUGCUCAGGGAGAAACAAUUGCAAGUCAAGUGAACAUGGAAAACCUCCACCCGUGAGCCGGCAUCAGGGCAUGGGUGCUGGCACUGGGGAGGGUCUUUUCGUGUGCGGCGAAUGUGGGAAAGCCUUCCACCAGAGCUCGUCCCUCACCCUGCACCGGCGAUGGCACGCACGGGAGAAAGCCUACAGGUGUAACGAGUGCGGCAAGGCCUUCACCUGGAGCACCAACCUCAUCGAACACCAGAGAAUCCACACAGGGGAGAAGCCCUUCCUCUGUGGGGAGUGUGGGAAAGCCUUCAGCUGUCACUCGUCACUGAACGUGCAUCACAGGAUUCACACAGGUGAGAGGCCCUACAAGUGUAACACCUGCGAAAAGGCCUUCAGCUGCAGCUCGCUGCUGAACAUGCACCUCAGGGUCCACACUGGGGAGAAGCCCUACAAAUGCGGCGAGUGCGGGAAGGCCUUCAACCAGCGGACGCACCUGACGCGGCACCACAGAAUCCACACGGGAGAGAAGCCAUACAAGUGUGACGUGUGCGGGAAGGCCUUCACUUGCCACUCGUCCCUGACCGUGCACGAGAAAAUCCACAACGGAGACAAGCCGUUUAAAUGCAGCGACUGUGCGAAGGCCUUCAAUAACCGUUCACGCCUCACCCUCCACCAGAGGAUUCACACGGGAGAGAAGCCCUUCAAGUGCGGCGACUGUGGGAAAGGCUUCAGCUGCCACUCCUACCUGGUGGUGCACCAGCGGAUCCACAGUGGGGAGAAGCCCUUCAAGUGCAAUGAGUGUGGGAAGGCCUUCAGCUCCCACUCCUACCUCAUCGUGCACCAGCGGAUCCACACUGGGGAGAAGCCCUUUGACUGCAGCCGGUGCUGGAAGGCCUUCAGCUGCCACUCGUCCCUCAUCGUGCACCAGCGGAUCCACACCGGAGAGAAGCCCUACAAAUGCAGCCAGUGCGGCAAAGCGUUCAGCCAGAAUCACUGUCUCAUUAAACAUCAGAAAAUCCACUCCGGGGAGAAAUCAUUUAAGUGUAACGAAUGUGGUGAGAUGUUCCACUGGAGCACCCACCUCACUGAGCACCAGAGAAUGCACAGCAAGGAGAAGCCCUUUGCCAUCCAGUUCAACAAGCACUUGCUGAGCACAUACUAUGUUCCCAGCAGCCUGCUGGACGCGGGGAGCACAGGGGUGAGCAGCAUGGACCCCAUCAAUGCCCUGGACAUGGCAAAGCUCCUGUGUGUGGUUCAGCCCUCAGCCAGCAGGAAUUUCCCUCUUGGCAGUAAACCAGGAAAUUAACGUGGCAUGUGUGUCAUCGAGGUGUCCAUUCUCACUCCUUCCCCAGGGUGAGCAGGGAAAACACAGUAGCUGUAGAUGCAGACUGCUCGUAGCUCCAGAUGUGGGGGCUUGCCCUCCCACCCUGUGCUGUUGCAGUUCUCCCGUGUGCUGCAACAGAUGCCCUCUUAUCAGCGGCUGUCACCUCCCCAGGGAGGGAUAUACUGUAGGAGAGGAGAGUUGAGGGCCAUUUGAGGAGGCCCUGUUGUCCUGUUUCCCUUGAUGGGUUUGGAAGUCACUGACCAGGGGAAUAGAGCUUUACUGCCGAUAAAAAGAAGGUAUGUCAAUCGUUGUGACCUCAGACGGGCUUCUGGCAUGAUUUCGAUCAGGAAUUUCCUCUGUGAACUGUUGUGUUUAGAAUAAUAAUAAUUUUUAAAACCAGAAGAAUUAUGAACAGUAUUACCUCCAAGUGAACAUAAUUAUAGUCCAGGAGGGGAGAAUAAUCUUGGAUGGUGGGAGUUUUGAGAAAAGAGGAUUUCCUGGACUCGCCUUACUGAGGUGGCUCCACUGCAGAGUGAUUUGUUAGAGGCGGCACAGAAGCACAGCCCAGCAUCAGGGUAGCCAGGUCCUGGCAUGCUGGCAUGGCACCUGGCCACCCGGUCCAUGGCGGGAGAUUGGGAGCACACAGGCGGUGAGUGUCCAGAAGUGCGUGUCCAGAAGGUCCUCUUCACCCCAAGCUGGUGAGGCUGCCUGCAGGGCCUCCCGCAUGCUGUGCAGCUCAGCUCACCGGAGUAGCCUCUCCACAGAGGCCAUCUGCGUGCUCCCUGCGGAGGUAGGAAGACGCUGCGUUCAUCUAGAAUUAAUGCUAUUUCUUCUCAGUUCUAAGCAAGUAUACGCUGCCUUCUCAGUGAUAACACUUUACAUUUGUAUAGAGUGCUAUAGUUUAUGAAAUGCUUUUUAGUAUACUUUUUAAAUUAUGGAGGCAAAAUAACCUCGUUUCAGAAAAUGUGGAGUUAAGGGGAGAAAACACCCCCCCUAAUUCUUAAUAAAACUGCAUUUCGCACUUUGAUACAUUACCUUCUGCUUUUUUCAUAGUGCAUUUUUAUAUCACUUUAAACAUAGUAGGUAUAUCAUUUUAAUCUUUUUUUUUUUCCAGUUAGCUGCAUAGCAGAAUUUUUUCCCAAGUAACUGCACUGUCUUCGGAAUCAUAAUUCUAAAUGGAAGCGUAGUAUUAUUCUAUUAGAUAUUCUUUUGUCAUAUGUUGAAGUUAUUUCCAUGUUUUUCACUAUUAUAAAUCAUUCUUCAUGGAGCAUCUUUUGCAUUAUACUUCUAUAGUGUUUUUCUUAGAGUAGAUUUCUAGAAGUGAAAAUUUUGAGAUAAAGGAAAUGAAUAGCUUAAGGGAUCAUCUUGGUAUGUUUUUGGUUGUGUGUUUGCAAAGUAAUACUAUUUCAUUAUGAAGAAACCAAUCAGCAACACUGGCCAAGUAGGAACGUCCCGUGCACGUCCAUCUCCCGGGCACAGGCACCGUUCCAAGCUGUGUGUCCGGACAGGCGGCCUUUGUUCCGGGCGUGGUGACGACACAGCGAUGACCCUGGACGUCUGCCACUCCAUGGCCUCCCUCUGGAGUGUCCGUGAGGCGAACUCGCAUUAUCCGGUCCCCAGGGCCACAUCAUGGCAGUCUCGGGCCCUUCCUCUGUGACAAAUAGGAAAGGUUCUAUUUUACAACUGCAUUGGGAAGAGACAAAUAUAAGCUAGGCUUGAUUCAUUAUUCUCAUACUCAUUUUUCUUAUUUGAAAAGAAAUGAAAAUGAAACCACCUUCCUGGGCCCUGGCCACCGGCCUGCUGCCUGCCCUGUACCGCUGUUCAUGUUCUCAGCCAAGUGGCACUUAUUACUUCACUUUGCACCUUUGAUAACUAAUGAGGCAGAACAUUGAACAUGUUUUUAUUGUUUUUCUUCCUGAAAAUUAUCUGAAUAUACCUUUUGGCCCUCUUACCAUUGGAGUCUUAAUGUUCUUCUUUUAUUUGCCUAUAAACCUUCUUUUCUAAUUAUACGAGUAAUACACAUAUAUUGAAGAAAUUUGGAAAAGAAAAAAAAAAAACAAGAAUAAAAAUGACCCUCAGUGUUGGUUCCUAGGUCAUUACACGAAGAUGCAUUUCCUUCUCGUUUGAUUCUGUGUGUGUGU